AUGAUCAGUCCUGGUCGUCAACUCCGUGCACUCCAUCACCCGCAACCAGAUCCACAUGCACCUGUGUCCGCUGAACCGCGACAUGCAGAGGCUGCUGACGCGCCUCGUCACGCCGAAGACCCCCCUCUCUCAAUUCAAAAGCCGCCAGCCGAGCAUACCGGCAUCCUCAAAUACGGGCACCCGGGCCCCGUCAACGAGGAGCUCCGCGCCACCUCCUGGUACGGGGCAUACGACCGGCGCACGCGCAACCCGAUCUGGGUAGCCGAGCACAUGACGCCCGCCUCGAUCGCAAACGCACCGGGCAAGCGCCGCGACAACUUCCGCGAGGACCCCGACAUCCUCGCCGCGUUCCGGGCCAAGGUCAAGGACUACAGCGCGAGCGGGUACGACCGCGGCCACCAGGUGCCUGCGGACCCCCCGCGCUGGUCGCAGCAGGCGGUCGACGAGACCUUCCGCAUGUCCAACAUGUGUCCGCAGGUCGGGGUCGGGUUCAACCGCCACUACUGGCGGGACUUUGAGGCGUUUUGCAAGAACCUGACUACCCGUUACCCCUCUGUCCGGAAUGGGAAGUGGCGGGUGAGUUAUGAGGUUAUUGGGUCGCCCUCGCCGAGGGUGGCGGUGCCGACACAUUUUUUCAAGGUGGUCCUUGGGGAGGAGGAGGAGGGGAAGGAGGGUGGUGCGGUGAUGAAGCCGCUGGCGGACUUUGAGGUCGAGCUGGAUGUGCUGGAGCAGGCGACUGGCUUGGAGUUGAUUGAGAAGCUGAAGUCGACUGCGCGGCGAAAACUGUGCGAGGUCCAGUGUGACAUUAGGGUCAAGGAUUUUAGGAAUGCAGUUGAGGAGGUCACGGAGAUGAUGGGUAAGGUUAAGCUGUAG